UUCUGCCAUCGCCCGCGAUUCCCCUUCCCACGCCCGCGAUUCCCGCUGCCGUCCCCGCGCCCGCAGUCCCCGCCACCGUCCUCGCGCCCGCAGCCGAGCACAGCCGCAGCGCCCACAAAUCCGCGCGUCCGCAGUCCCCAAAUCCGCUCCCCAGCAAAUCCGCCGCCACCUUCCAUGUAUGGAUUCCAUCCGCCGCGCCCGCAAAUCCUCUCCCCAGCAAUGCGCCGCCACCAUCCGCACCCCUGCGCCAAAUCGGCCGCGCCAAAUCCUCUCCCCAGCAAUGUGCCGCCACCUCCUCCUCGGUGCGCCACCAAAUCGCGCGGAUGGAAGGUCCGCGCGUCCACCAGGGCUACACCAGCACCUCCUCCUCGCAUCCCCCGUCUGUGGCCCUGCGCCCCCAAAUAAACUCCCGAUGGUCGCCGCAGCUGGACACCGUGGAGAUGAAGCUAGAGGAGGCGCACUCGAGGCUCGCCAGGUUCCGAGAUCGCAAGCCGCCGCCAACUCGUUCGGAACCCAAGCCACCGACGCCGCCAAUCCAGAGGGAACACAAUCCAUCCCCGCCGCCGAUCCAGAGGGAUCUCAAGCCAUCGCUGCAGCCGCCAAUCCAGAAGGCUCCUUCGCCCGCGCCGCAGCCGUCGGCGAGGCCACAGCUUGUCAUCCCUAGGACCAGCAACCGACCGACCCCGCGCCCUGAGCCCAUGCCUGGGUUGAAGAGGGCCGCCGCCCCGUCAUCGUCUUCAUCACCGGCGCCACCAGAGCGGUCAAGGAAAGAGGAGAAGAAGCCCAAGAUAAAGAUGGAACAGAAGGGGCAUCCGAACUUGAUUACGAGUGUUGGGAAAUCAUCUGCGACUGUGUUUAGAUUUCAAGGCAGAAAUUUGGUCUCGAGCCAACACAGGAGGAAGCUUAUGCCCUGCUAAUGAUCAGCUUGUUGUCACGAGGCCGGCCUGUGGUUCCUACUCCGGGCGGCCCAUAACCAGUGAGUAGGAUAAUGUGUCCGCGUCCUGCGUGCUCGCGACUUGUCCGGCCAAUGUGGGUGGUUAGCUCAUGCCGUUGCCGCUCAUCCACAUGCAGGAGGAGGGAGCCUCCAUUGCCGCAGAUCCCCAGGAGCUUCUUGAGGGUUAGGUCAGUACGCAUCUCCACUCUCCAUAGAGAUGCAUCUCUCUGUGUCGUCGUCCAUUAAAUCAAGACCCUUUUGAUGAUUAAUCUAUCAUCUGUG